UCGUACAAUUUUACAAGGCUCUCCAAGUUAGAAAGCUUGACGAGGGUGUCAAAGGCUUCCAUGGGAGAGAGUGUCAAGGGGUGCAAGUUUAGGGACUUGAGUCCAAGGUGUCAACGCUAAGAUCAGAGUGCAAAGUCAUGGUGUCACACCCAUGUACGCGCGGAGCCCUGGAAAGUUCGGCGAGAAUUCUCUGGAAGCGGCGAGUGCGUGGAAACGAAGGCUAAACAGUACUCUCAGUGGGGCCGGGAGAAAGGAAGGGGGCUGCGUGUGGAAGGUAAGCAAGAUGAACAGCAAGGGCCUGGAUAUAUCCGGAGGAAAAUCGUCGCCAUCAUCGACGGCAACAUGGGUUUGGACAAGGUCAGCGUCGGCCUCGGGGAAGAGGAUACAGAGGGAGUUGGCGGAGCUGAACAUCAACCCACCCAGUGAUUUCUAUGCUGGCCCCAAGGGUGACAAGCUGGACAACUGGGUCGCCACCCUCACUGGCCCUCCCGGAACACCAUACCAUGGCGGUAUAUUUUUCCUCGAUAUAAAAUUUCCAAAUGAUUAUCCCUUUAACCCUCCAGAGGUAGUAUUCAAAACUCGAAUAUACCACUGCAAUGUGGAUUCUGCUGGCAAUCUUAAUUUGGACAUCUUAAAAGAUGGUUGGAGUCCUGCCCUAACAGUUACAAAGGUGCUAAGCACAAUCAGUUCUAUCUUCACAAACCCUGAUCCUUAUAAUCCUCGCAGCCCUGGCAUUGCCCGCUUGUACUUGACUGACAGAGCCAAACAUGAUGAAAUAGCUGCAGAGUGGACGCUGCGAUUUGCAAAAUGAACCCAGUGAAUCUUUAAAAGAGCACUACCAGCCGCAAAUGCCUUCUCAACAAUUUCACCUAUCAAAAUAUUUGUAAAUUCAACAUCAGCCGGUUCAACUUGCAUCUUAGCUCAUUACCACACCAAAUUAUAGUUGCACCUGUGAACUGUAAAACCAUCUCUUUAAAUUUAGAUCUAUUUGACAGGUUGGGAAGGCUCAUGCAAAGAAAAGUAUCGUAUAUGGCAUAGCGUCCCUUUCCCUUGUAGUCUUUUGUUUACAAUAUUAUAGUAACGAAUAGAGAGAUGUUUCAUGGGUGACUUCCCACGUUCUUUUAUAAAUUAUUUUAUGAUAU